AUAGCGGGUGUGGUGAAAUGUAGUCUAGUCCACUGAAACCAUAUGUACUUCAGAAUAGAGCCGUUUCCGCGUUGAUGUGGCUCGCUUCGCGCUGGGAGAAAACUAGCACGGGUUCGUGGGUGGCGAAGACGCCGGGAUCUCUCUUAGAUUGUACGAGAGGCUACUCUAUACGACCGGAGCAUUGGCUGGAGAAACAGGUUCGCAUCGCAGGUGACAUCGACCGACCAUGGCGGCGAUGAUGCAGCGAUCGCUCUCAGCUGCGACGUCAGAAGACGACGAGUUCGACGAGGAGCUCGAUGGGUUCGACGACUUCACGCUGGCGUCGCCAUGGGAGCGGUUCAUUGCUGCGGUGGAGGGCAGUCUGCGCCAGUGGCUGUCGGAAGGCUCUGCUGCGCUCGUGCAGACGGGAGCAGCGCGGCCGGUAGAAGGCAUGCCGCUGAUGGUGUACGUGGAGGCGGAGCACGCUCAGGGGCAUAAGAACUACCGCCUCACCUACUACUUCCAGGUGUCUCUGGCGAACAGCAACAGCGUGCACCCGUCAGUGGCUGCGGAGACAGCGGCGGCGCUGAAGCGCAUAGCGUCCAUCUCAGCCACGGGCCGGCCCAGCCCGUGGGAGAAGGCUGUGCACCCGCUACAGCUCUGGUUCGGCAUUCAAGAGUUCGUGGUGCUGGCCCCAGUGACAGCGUCUGGCGUUGUGCUGGACUCACCUGAAGCCUCCAUGCUGCUCAGCACCCUCGCCAUCGCCUCGUGUAACACCGAGUGCUCCCUGCCCUCCUUCGUCCCGGUGCACGACCCCUCCCGCAAGGCCUUCAUAGGCUUCCAGCACGGCCCCCGGGCCACCCGCACCAGCUCCAACGCAGGCUCGGGUCGAGGUGUGCGGUCAGGUCCGGGCGCGGGCGGAGGCACGGUGGGAGGGGUGGGGGCGGGGGGCGUGGGCGACUAUCUGUUUCACUACGAGGCGGACCGCAUCACAAGCAACGUGCCACAGAACCUGCUGUCCCUGGAUGGGCUCUACUACCUCUUCGCCUUCAAGCUGAUUGCGGAGCUCCCCAGCAGCGUGGCGUCUGUCUCCCCCGACGUCACUGUCGCCAUGCGCAUCCGCUACCGCCUGCGCUACUGGGGCGCCCCCGACGCUCCUCCCCCUUCUAGCCGCGCAGGAGCAGGCGGGAAGGACGAGGAGGGUGCGGGAGGGGGAGGAGCGGGAAGCGGAGGAGGGGCGGACGAGGAGGAUGAGUACUGGGGGCAGGAGCGGGCGUGGGACGAGGGCAUGGCGUGGAGUGUGUGGCAUGCAGUGGACGACCCUGUGAAGGGCUUCGAGCUGGUGGCCACCUGGAAGGAGCUGAGGGCCAGCAGCUCGUCGGGCAUGGCGCAGAUGGAGCAGCUCGACGCCACGACUGCUGAUGAGUGGCUGCUACGCGCGCUCCUCGCUCCCACCAGGACGGACUUUGACAGUGACGACCCCCCUCAGGGAUUUGCUGGGCGGCUGCAUGCUCUCCUGGGGGCGUACGUGGUGUCCACCACAGGGCAGUACAUGGAAGACUUUAUAGCGGCUCAGAACUUUGCGCGGCGCAACAACAUGACCAUCCCCCCUCCCAGUGUGAUGGAGCGUGUGGUGAAGGACCUCUUCCACUCCAAGGAGGCGCUAGCAUCAGUGGCCAAGUACAUGGGCAAGGUGCCGGAGCAGCAGGAGGUCAGCCUCGCAUCCGACACUGACCCGGCCCCCACCAUCACCACAGCCAGCAGCAUCAUCAGCAGCAUCAGCGGGACGGACACCAGCGCCACCGGUAGCGGGGUGAAGGGUCCAGGAGCAGAGGGGGCAGCAGCGGGAGCAGGAGGGGAGGGAGGAGGAGCAGGAGGUGGGGGAGCAGGGGUGGAGGACAAUGGGCUGAGUGGCAAGUUCAAGGGGGCGACUCACAUCGGCAAGGCGGCUCCUGUGGAUUCUUUGUUCUCACGGCUCGCCCUGCAUGUGCUGCGCUUCGGCACAUGCAACAUCCGAUCUGUGGCGGCGCUGUGGCUGGAGUUUACCAGGGAGCUGCGGUGGAGCUGGGAGCAGGCUCUGCCCAUUCCUCGGGUCAUAGCCGACGGGCCUCCCCACACCGCCACCUGCCUCAUUCACCAGAAGCUGCAGCUGCUGCAGGAGUGCAUUCGGCGGCGGCGCAAGCAGCAGGAGCGGGAGAUGGAGGAGCGCAUGCGCCACGCCGAGAGAAUGCACCAGAUCGCCGCCGCCAAGCUUGUAGGCGAGCGCGUGGAGGAGCUUGUAAGGGGUACAGCGCUGGACGACGGCCUGGCACGGGGUGACUCGCCGUCCGGGAGAGGCAGCGGGAGGAGGGGGGGUGGAAGGGAGAGGGAGAUGAGGAGGGGGAGGGGAGGGAUGGGGAGUGACAGGGAGAGGAGGAGGGGCGGGAGGGAGGAGGAUGAUUGGGAUGGCGUGGAGAGGUCCGGUAGUGAGGCAGACGGCUGGCACGAUGGCGAGGGUGGAAGGCAGGGUCGCAGGGUGGGAGGGAGAGGGUGGGACGAUGGGGACGGGGCGAGCCCCUACCGCGAUGACUACACGGCGUCAGGGGACUCCGACACCCAUGGCUCGCACGACGUGGCGUUCUAUGACGAGGGCGGGGUGGUGGACUCACCGUCGCGCAGGAGCGAGGAGGAUCUUGAUGAGUACUUCAGCGAGAGCGACGUAUCGGACGAUGACACGUGGGCGGAACGGGGCCGCACGAGCCACGGCAGCAGCGGGCCGAUGGCCCGGGGGCGGCGCCGCGUGCGCCGGCGCGGGGUGGUGGGACCGGUGAAGGGCGACAUGUGGCUGCUGCGCGUGCGGCGGCACAUGCUGGAGCCGCACACCCAGGACCCGGUGUUCAUGAGUGAGGAUAUGAUCGAGGAGAAGGAAAGAGCUAUGGAGGCUCUUGGCAGUACCCCUGCGGGACGUGAGACUCGAGCUCGCAUGCAGAGUGACGUUGUUGCUUCAGACAUGGCGGCAUUCAAAGCAGCCAACCCUGGAGCAGUGCUGGAGGACUUUGUGCGCUGGCACUCGCCCAACGACUGGCUUGAGAUCGCAGCCACUGAUGAUGACUAUGAUGACGUGGACGAUUACGAUGACGCGGACGACAGGGGAAGGCGGUUCCGUAGGGACGACAGUGAGACGUACGGGAGGGAUGAUGAUGAUGAUGGGCGGUACAGGAGGGGCGGGAGGGGCGGUGAUGAUUCUGGGAGGUAUGGGCGGGGGGAUAGGUACGGAAGGGAGGAGGAUGGUAGGUAUGGUAGGGAGGAUGAGGACAGGUAUGGGAGUGGUCGGGAUGACAGGUAUGGGGAUGAGAGCGGGAGGUACGGUGAGAAUGAUUACUCGGACAGGGAGGAGCGGGAGAGGGAGACUGAGGAGAGUGAUGGUGACAGGGAUGUGGGUAGGAAGGAUGGUGGCAGGGAUAUGGGAAGGGACAGGGGCAGGGAGAGGGAGAGGGAGGGAGAGGAGGGCAGGGAGUACGGGGAUGGUGACAAGUCCAAGAGGGAGGACGAAACUGAUUUCGAUAAGGAUGGUCCAGGAGAGGCAGAUCAGAAGAAACAGGAGGAUAAGGAGAAGCGGGAAGCAGAUGGUGACGGGGAGACAGAAGGGGAGAAAGGUGAGAUGGCGAGCAAGAACCAGAAGCAGGAAGGCGGCUCCCCCUCUCCUCACCGCAGCAGCAGCAGCCCCGGGAAGGGUAAGGAUGAGGAAGAGGAGGAGUUUUUCGAGGCGGCUCAAGAGGAGAAGCCGGGGGAGGCGGGUGCUGGUGAAGGUGGCGAGAAGGAGGGUGGUGGCGUUGACGAAGGGGCGGAUAGGGAGGAGAAGUUGAAAGAGGGAGGGGAGGAUGUCGGGGGUGGUGGGGAGGAGGAAGUGGAGGAGCAAGCUGUGAGUGAGAGUGAAGGGGGUGGUCUGAAGGGGAAGCCGAGGGUGGAAGACGAGAGUGAGAAGGCAGUGGAGAAAGAGGACAGGGAGGGGAGGGAGAACAGUGAUAGGGAGAGGGAGGGAGGAGACAGCGACAGGGAAAGAGACAGGGGAAGGGAGAGGGAAGAGGGUAGAGAGAGGGCGCGGGCGGGCAGUAGGGAUAGGGGGCGAGACGGAGAUCGAGUGAGGGAGAGAGAGAGGGAGAGUAGCAGGGGCAGGAGCCCGGACCCGGACAGUGACAGGGAGAGGGAGCGGGCGAGGGAGAGGGGGCGAGAGAGGGGGCGAGAGGAGCGGGAGUACAGCGACGAUCGCGAGGAGUGGGACGAGUUGGCCGAGCAGCGCAGAGGCAGGGACAGGCGGGGCGACCGUGAUCGUGAAGAUGAUGAUGACUAUGAGGAGGACGAGUGGAGGGGCGGCAGGGGGGGAGGGACGGGCGGAGGGAGGGAGACAGGGGGGAGAGGGAGAGGGGGCGGCAGUGGGAGAGGUGCGGGUGGUGGUGGUGGCGGCAGGCGGCGGCGGGUCAGGGAUGACGGGUCGGGGUGGCCGCCGAGGGGGCGGCUGUCGGAGCGCAUGGAGGAGAUGCACGGCAACCUGUGGCGCGAGCUUUGGGACAGCGCCGAGCCGGAGCCCGCCCACGAGCAGAGGCCCAUCUUCCACUUCGACCUGGAAGGGGAGAAGAUCCUGCACUAUCUCGACACGGUAGUACCUGAGGAGCUGCUGGGGCAGCUGCUGGCCACGGCCUUCUCGUCCGCCGUGCUGCUGCUGGGGCGGGCGGAGGCGGCGCGGGAGGAGCCGGUGGCUGAGCAGAGGCAGCGCGUGGCGGGCAUGGUGGCCUCCAUGUGGCAGUGGCUGGAUGACCAGAGUGCGGGCAGCUGCUCGGACGAGCGUGUGGAGGACCUGGAGGUGCUGCUGAGAGCCUUUACCCGCAUGGAGGCCACUGUCAUGGUGGCGGCCUCGCUGUGGAAGAGGCUGCAGGGCUGCUCGCGCCUUGUGGUCAAGCUGCUCACUGAGAGGGCGCUCAACGCCACGGAUGUGCCGUCCGUGCGCCUCCUGCCCGCCCCCAUUCGGCUGCCGCACCUACCGGAGCCGGAUAGCCGGACGGACGAAUGGCGGGUCGUGGGCAAGCUAUGGCAGGAGAAGGAACCCUCUGGCAGCAGCAGCAACGACAGCUCCGGCGCCAGCAGCACCACCCCUGGCAGCAGCAGCGGCAGCGGCAGUUCCGGUGCCCCCCCGCUCCCUCCUGCUGCCAGCAAGUCUGCUGCUGGUGGUGGGGGGCGCCGCAUGGGGAACCUUCUCUACAGGCAUGAGCCGACGGAGCGCGAGGUGAUUUUCACGUCGCCGGCGUUUGUGAUAUUUAACACGGUGGAUGAGGAGGAUGCGGCGACCGGCACCGUGGCGUCGAGGGACUCGGUGGAGAUCGUGAAGCACCAGCUGUAUGCCAAGGCCAGCUUGGAUGAUCUCACUCUUGCGCUCAAGGUUGCUGCACAGGAGUAGAAAAUGGAAAGUUGAGCCCGUUAGGGUCUUUUGCUGGAGGACGUGUAGGGUAAAUGGACGUAUGAGCAUUGCUUUUGACAGACACUGUGGCCAAGCUCUCAGGAGAUUGCUUUUGAAGUGAAGUCUCACGAAUUCUAGUAGAAGCGGUGGAUGGUCAGUAGUUCGAAGGACCUCUCACCUCAAUGUUUUUUUGUGGUGCUGGUUUGAACACCACGGGAAA